AUGGCUGCAGUCGCGGAGCCGCUCGCUUCGUCCUUGGCCUGCUGCGUUAAUUCGUCAUCGCGGUCCGAACCGUUGUCGGCAGCAAACUCCCACGCGUGGACAUCACGGGAGCGGCCGCGUGUGAGCCGCGGAGGAAGGGGUGACGCGCCUUCCAGUGAUCCCGGGCAGGGAAGAGAGCCUGUUAAAACGGAGAUUGGAGGUAACGUGGUGCUCGCCCGUUCAGGAGACGGCGAGACGAGGGUGGCCUUGCCAUCAAGCGACAUUGACAGGCGUACCGCCGAGUUUGAACGCGAGUCGGAACGCGAGUGCGUGCGAGGAAUGGGAAGCACGGGGGCAGAAGCGGCCGAGGAGCACGACGACGGUGCGAAGGGGUCGGUCCUGAACGAGUCAUCGACACCGUCGGUGUGGCGCUUAAAGGACGAGGGGGUGGAAAAAGCCGCGCCCGUGGACCACCUCUGGUUUGAGACAAAGCUUCCUGAUUGCGAAAAUGAAAACGACUUGGACGAGGCGGAAUGGUGUGAUGCGUCCGCCGGUGUUCUGCUAACUGAUGGGUGCGAUGGAGUCUUCGCGGGGAGAGGAACCUCCAUAGUGAACUGGUGA